AUGUACGUGGUGUGGGAUCCCGUGAACGAAGAAUACAUGCAAGCGAUGUGCGCAAGAAGAGGCUUGGUUUUCUACAAGGCUUUAAGGUACGGACGAAAAGCACUUUAUUUACGAAACGACAUGCCAGUAAGAGAGUCCGAUGUUAUCCACGUCGCCGGGGAUGGAAAUUGCCUUUUUUGGGCAUUGUCAUACGGCAUUUCUGGUUAGAACCAUUUGAGGAUUCGCAAAAUUCUUACAAAUUUAUACAGACACAAGGCGGGACAAGAACAGUAUGAAGUGUAUAUAAACGCUGAAAGCAAUGGAAAAAAGUUGUCACAACAUUUGGAUUACAUAAAAGUUUCCACAAAAUGGGGAAGCAAAGCAGAAAUUACUGCAUUUUGCGCUGCUUUUAACGUAAGCGUAUACAUUUACACAAUCAGACCUCUUGGCGGUGUUGGUGACGGUAUUUGGCGAUCAGCAUGUAACGAAGCCGAUCGAAACGGAAAUCUGUACUUGGUGUACACUUUCAGUUCGGAGCAUCAAGCACAUUACGAAUAUGUUACUUUUUACAACAACAAUCGUGCUAACUUAUAA